UGCAUUCUUUUACGUCCGUAUAAUUGCAAUGAUUUUUUUUUGGUUAAGUAAUCUAAUUAGAAUUUACAGUUCAUGUGUUCUUGUGGGUUAGUGAUAAGCACGCCUGGCUUCUCAUCAUUCCCUCCAACCCCCCUCUCUGUCUCUCUCUUUUGUUCCUUUGCUUUUUCUCUCUCUAAGGUUUCAUUGUUACUCUGAUUCUCUCUCUAAAUAAAGCCUCAAUUUUCUUGUUUAUCUCCUCUUUCUAUCACUUUUUUGUACUCUGCUUCUGUUCAUCUUUGAUUCUCCCUGAAAACUUUUUGGGUACAAGUUUGUAAAUCCGUAAUUCUCUCCAUCAGAUUGGAUCUGGGUUCGAGCUGAACGUAGGUUUUCAACAGAAACAACCAAUUCGGAUGUUUUUUAGUCGAAGACAAGGUUGAUCUCUUCUGGAAUGUGGGAUUUUUUUCUCUUACAAGUUAGUCUUCUCAACAGUUGCAACGUUUGUGAGGUGAAAAGAGGUAAAGGCUGCUUAGUAUGGCUGUUUCCAUGAGAGAUUUAGAUCCAGCUUUCCAAGGAGCUGGACAGAAAGCUGGGAUAGAGUUAUGGCGUAUUGAGAACUUUCGACCUGUCCCAGUUCCAAAGUCUUCCCAUGGGAAGUUUUUCACCGGGGAUUCCUAUAUAGUAUUGAAGGCAACAGCCCUUAAAAAUGGUGCCCUUCGUCACGACAUACACUAUUGGCUUGGUAAAGACACCUCUCAGGAUGAAGCCGGAACUGCAGCUGUUAAGACGGUGGAAUUAGAUGCUGCUCUUGGAGGACGUGCAGUUCAGUAUAGAGAAGUUCAAGGUCAUGAAACCGAGAAAUUCCUGUCGUACUUUAAGCCAUGUAUCAUACCUCAAGAGGGUGGAGUGGCAUCGGGAUUCAAACACGUGGAAGCUGAAGAACAUAAGACCCGUUUGUUCAUUUGCAGAGGAAAACACGUUGUCCAUGUCAAAGAGGUUCCAUUUGCUCGUAGCUCUUUGAACCAUGACGACAUUUUUAUUCUUGACACGAAGUCCAAGAUUUUCCAAUUCAAUGGAGCGAAUUCAAGUAUUCAAGAGAGAGCAAAGGCACUGGAGGUUGUGCAGUACAUCAAAGAUACAUACCAUGAUGGCAAAUGUGAAGUUGCUGCUGUUGAGGAUGGCAAACUUAUGGCUGAUGCUGAAAGUGGAGAGUUUUGGGGUUUCUUUGGUGGAUUCGCUCCCCUUCCUAGAAAAACUGCCAGUGAUGAGAAAAAGCCAUAUGACUCUGAUAGUACCAAACUUUUUUGGGUCGAGAAGGGUCAGGCAAAACUAGUUCAGGUUGAUUCAUUGAAAAGAGAGAUGUUAGGCACUGAUAAGUGCUACAUUCUUGAUUGUGGGCUCGAACUAUUUGUGUGGAUGGGAAGAAACACAUCUCUCGAUGAAAGGAAAAGUGCAAGUGGAGUGGCAGAAGAAAUGAUCCGUUCUUCUGAAAGACCCAAAUCACAAGUAAUCCGAACAAUAGAAGGGUUUGAAACCGUGCCAUUCCGGUCCAAGUUCGAUUCCUGGACUCAAGAAACAAAUGUAACUGUGUCGGAGGAUGGUAGAGGCAGAGUUGCUGCUCUUUUGCAACGUCAAGGGGUGAAUGUGAGAGGCCUGCUGAAAGCUGCUCCUUUGAAAGAGGAGCCCCAGCCUCACAUUGAUUGCACUGGAAAUCUGCAGGUUUGGCGUGUGAAUGGUCAGGAGAAAGUUCUUCUUCAAGGUGCUGAUCAGUCAAAAUUCUACAGUGGAGAUUGCUACAUAUUCCAGUAUUCUUAUCCCGGGGACGAGAAAGAGGAAGUUCUUAUCGGGACAUGGUUUGGGAAACAGAGUGUGGAGGAAGAAAGAGCUUCUGCAGUCUCCAUGGCGGGCAAAAUGGUCGAGGCAAUGAAAUUCAUGCCUGUCCAAGUUCGCAUUUGCGAAGGAAAGGAACCCAUCCAAUUCUUUGUGAUAAUGCAAAGUUUCAUCGUCUUUAAGGGUGGUCUUAGCAAUGGGUACAAGAAAUACAUUGCAGAGAAAGAAGUUUCUGAUGACACUUAUAAUGAGAACGGUCUUGCGUUAUUCCGUGUUCAAGGGUCUGGUCCCGAGGAUAUGCAAGCGAUACAAGUUGACCCGGUUGCUUCAUCCCUGAACUCUUCAUACUGUUACAUACUACAUAACGGUUCAAGUGUCUUUACUUGGUCCGGGAAUCUUGCAACCUCGGUUGACCAGGAACUCGUUGAAAGACAGCUCGACGUAAUUAAGCCAAACCUACAGACAAGAACACAAAAGGAAGGUUCAGAAUCUGAACAAUUUUGGGAAUUAUUGGGAGGAAAAUCCGAAUACCCGAGCCAAAAGUUCACAACGGAACCCGAGACUGACCCUCACUUGUUCUCUUGCACAUUCUCGAGAGGGACACUGAAGGUGACAGAGAUAUAUAACUACACCCAGGAUGAUUUGAUGACUGAAGAUAUCUUUAUUCUAAACUCUCACUCAGAGAUCUUCAUCUGGGUUGGGCAAGAAGUGGACUCCAAAGCUAAGUUACAGGCUUUAACUAUUGGAGAGAAAUUUAUCGAGAAAGAUUUUCUCCUGGAGAUGCUAUCACGUGAGGCCCCGAUAUAUGUAAUCAUGGAAGGUAGUGAGCCGCCUUUCUUCACCCGGUUCUUCACUUCUUGGGAUUCCUCGAAAUCUACUAUGCAUGGGAACUCAUUCCAAAGGAAACUUGCAAUAGUAAGAAAUGGUGGCACUCCAGUUGUAGAUAAACCGAAAAGAAGAACACCCGUUUCAUAUGGCGGUCGAACCAGUGUUCCCGACAACUCGCAACAGCGUUCUAGGAGCAUGUCUUUCAGUCCAGACAGGGUUCGGGUAAGAGGAAGAUCCCCGAAGUUCAAUGCACUAGCGGCGACAUUCGAGAACCCGAAUGCUCGGAACCUCUCGACACCUCCCCCAGUCAUGAGAAAACUCUAUCCGAGAUCUGUUACUCCUGAUUCUGCGAGGUUGGCUCCCAAGUCUUCCGCCAUUGCUGCUCGUAGUGCCAUCUUUGAACAAGCAGCGGCUAUACCUCCACGGGAACAUAUCUUUCCCAAAUCACUCAAAGUUCACCUGAAGAAACCCGAGCCAGUGGCACCAGAAUCCAACUCAAAGGAGAAGGAUGGGAAGGAGAACAAUGGAAAGGAGAAUUCGAUGAACUCGAUUCAGGAAGAUGCUAAAGAAGGAGAAGCUGAGGAAGACGAAGGCCUCCUGACAUACCCUUUUGAUCGCCUCAAGACAACCUCAACCGACCCUGUCUCGGACAUUGAUGUAACGAGGAGAGAGGCGUACCUGUCGUCGUCGGAGUUCAAGGAGAAAUUCGGGAUGGCAAAGGAAGCAUUCUACAAGCUACCGAAGUGGAAACAGAACAAGUUCAAAAUGGCUGUUCAACUCUUCUGAUGAGAUCUCCUUCCCCUUUGGAAAAAAAUUCUCCCUCUCCACCAUUGCAGGUGUCCAGCAAGAACAUCAACUACACAGAAGAGAUUCAAGGGGCAGAGCGUCGGUGCAUUCUUAGCUGCUUCUGCUCCCUAGAGAGAUGCUGCAUUUUCAUGGCUUGUUCAAACCAAAAACCAGUAGUUUUUUUUUUUCUCAUGAGGUGUUUGCAUGCCUAUUGCCUAGUUCUUUUUUUUUUUUUUUAAUUUCAUUGGUGGAGUUAGAUUUUUUUUUUCCCAGUCACUGGGUUGACCUUGAGUCCUUGAUUUUUUUUUUGCUAUCAAAAUGAGGGAAAUAAUUUAGGGAAUUCGUUGGCUUGCAAUUUCAGACUGUCUUUAGGGUCUGUUUUUUUUUUGCAUGACUGAGGGUGAGGGUUUGUUUUUUUGGGUGUACAGCAGAGAAUGUAGAAACUACAAGAAAACGUGUGCUUUGUUAUUUUAUUUUUAAAAUCUUCAUUUAUUAUUUA